CCCCUUUUCCAAUGAUAUUUAAAUCAGUAGAAGAACCGUAUUGUCCUCAUAUUAGUAUGAACACUUCUUCACCACAUUUUGUGUGUUUGCUAAUGCUAUUCUUAAAAAAAAAAAAAAAGCCUGUUACUUAGCAAAAUGCAGCCAUUGUCAGCAAAGAAACGUUGUAAAAAAUUAAAAAGGGAGAUAUUGGUGCUUGAGAUGGGUUAAUACAACUGAAUGGUUAAAUGCAUGUUUUUCUAUAUACUGAAAAUUUCCAUUUUUAAGAGUUACAAGCACCCUAAUGGUGGAAAUAAACCAAGAACUUUGCCAUACACUCCCUUGUUCAUCAGUCCUUCUACCCUUUUUUCUUUUUUUCUUUUAUUUUUUGUAAUUGACUUAUGCAACUUUCGUAAAUUAAAGUAGGUUCAACUUACGCAAAUUAAAGAAACUAAAUCUACAUAUGACAAAAUACUUGGAAUAAGCCACGGAUGUUUCAGUAAGUGCUGAAGAUUCAUUUCCCUCUUUGCUGUUAUAAUUACCUCCAGUCUUCUGGGAAGACUUUCCACUAGCUUUUGGAGCGUGGUUGUGGGCAUUUGUGCUCAUUCAGCCUCAAGAGCAUUACUGAGGUCAAGCACUGAUGUCGGGCAAGGAGACCUGUGGUGCAGUCAGGGUUCCAGUUCAUCCUAAAGGUGUUCAGUGGGGUUGAGGUCAGGGCUCUGUACAGGACACUCGAGUUCUUCCACACCAACCCUGGCAAACCAUGUCUUUAUGGAGCUCGCUUUGUGCACAGAGAACAUGCUUGGGACUCUUAGUUCCAGUGAAGGGAAAUUGUAAUUCUGCACUAUACAAAGACAUUCUAUACAUCUGUGUGCUUAACCCUAGUUUGUGGCAGUAAUUUUGGGAAGGCCCACAUAUGUGUGAGGUGAGCGGGUGUCCACAUACUUUUGGCCAUAUCGUGUAGGUGAAAUAACUUGCAAACGAUGCAUAGGCCUACAUUUUGGGCAUCGUAGUUUGAUCAAAUGGACAUAUUUCACACGGGUUUAUUCUGCAUGCCAGUGGACAACUAAACCCGCAGCUGGCUCAAACGACUGAACACUCAGACAGACAGACACAGACAGACAGAGACAGACAGCGGGCAACCUAUAACGCGCGCGCCUCGUGUAGGAUAUUUGUGCUGUUUGGGUGUUUCACCGAUAGAGGGCGCAGUUUAAGCACGUUACAGUGAAGCGGACCUGAGACAGCAUCAAGGAGGAGAGAAAGGUGGGCAGGAGGAGGAAAGGAUGCUCAGUUUAGAGCAUCACAUCGCGGCAUUUUACCCAGUUCACACCUUGGCGAGCCAAGAGGGGUUUUACAGGUUUAAGAAGGAGAACAUGACCUACAGUCUGGAAAACUAACCUUCAAACCUGGCAUAAGCUGAAGAACAAUAGCACGAUGGUUGGUGACGUUUCUCAUUAAUUCUGAAAACGUUAUAAAAUUAAGCACUAUGUCCAGCUGAGAAAAGAACAGAACUUCAGACCCAACAAAAGUCCGUCUUCCAACAAAGAUGGGAAAGAUGUGAGAUCAGAUUUUAAGUUUUCAUUCCAUGACUGAACAUAAAACCCCAGAGGUGAGUGAAACCUUUAAUGGAUCCCAUAGCAGUGGGAAGCUGUUGAGAGAGGUGCUUGGACUUGUAUAACAUGAGUGGGGAAAAGAACAUAGGAGGCCCUUGCUACAGUAUGCACAAGGAAAUAAAGAACAACAACAAGCAGCCUUUCCUCUAUCCUGAUGGAGAUGCCAAUGCUAACCAAAUCCCCAUGGAGGAAAGCUACACUGAGAGAGGCAGUUUAAUACCUCCCCUGUUGACACACAGCAGCACUCAGGAAAGGAUUAUUAUUUGGGGCACACAUGCCCACAGUGAGGACCCAGAGCUGGAAGAGUUUGAAUUAUUAGAGUGUCAGGAGAUGGAAGCUUUUCUAACAGAUCGAGAAGUGAGAGAUCAUGAUACAAGCAAAGAGGGUGCAAAGAAAGACUUUUGUCAGAGACCGUCUGUUCUCACAUGUUUGGACCCUGCAGGUGACUUAGGCAAGCCAGAUCAGAAUGCCAACCACAGUGAGGAUAUAGAUACAGAUCAAAGCACUCAGCCUCUGGACCUCAGGACAUCUGCCUCUCGGUCUGGAGGAAGGAGGAGUCUGAGAGAGACACGUAGUAACUCAGAGAACAAUGUCUUUGUCCCUACCUUCUCAACUGUGAGCAACCUCAGUGGAAGCUUGGCCAGUGCUCUUGACAGUGCAGGACAUACACAGUAUCCUUCUUCCCCACCCAGCAAGCCUACCUCAGAGAAGUGCCGGUUCCAGCAGCCAGCCACAAAUAAAUCCCUUAUACUUUCCACACAAAGCAAAGAGCAACCAAGAAAGAGGGAUCAGAAUCAUAGUUCUACAGUACUGCCUCAGGAUCCAACACAUGAGCGUAGAUCAAGCACGGAACAUGGUGACUGUCUGACAGACAGGCAAUGCUGGAGUACAGGCAAAGCCUACAACAGACAGGAGAAUGUCCUGUCUUCCAAAUUCCAGAGAAACAUUGAAAGAGUGCCCCCUUCUUGCAGGCAGCUUGUACAUCCACUCUCUCCAGGAAUGGAACCAAAGCUAACCUCAGGACAUCCUGCAUAUAAAGACACCAAUCAAGGAGAGCGGCCUUCCCCCUCCUCAGACAGCGGUCCUAAAAACAGCAACCAUCAGCCAGACCUAAAGGAUCCAGUGCAGAUUAAUAGUAGUGCCCAGUCUCUUGGCUCAGGCUCAGGGAUCCAACCCAGCCAGACUUCUACUAAGGUGGGCUCCAUCCUCAGAAGACAGGGUUCAGCUGAGAAUGCUGCCAGUUCCCUGGACAGGAAGAGUAAUUUGAGCCGCAGAGCCUACAGCAGCCCUACCAGGCCUUCAACGCCCCCAUCUCCUAAGAGUACGGGGUCUCCUCAAAGACAUCCUCCAAUGUCUCCUGGGAGAAGCCGAGUGCCUACUCGCGGCCCACAGCUGGGUUAUGGUGCUUCUCAAGGGUAUGGCUUUGGCCUGAGACCUCCAGUCAAAACUACCAUCAACAUGAAUGUCCAAAACCCUGUACCCCAACAAAACUCUACUGUAACAUCUUCUCCACCCAAGUGCCCCCCAAAGCCCAAAAGUGUUCGCCCUAAAAUCAUCACCUAUAUACGCAAGAGCCCACAAAUGAAGCCCCAGGCCGCUGAUAGCCCAUAUGAAGUCUCCUCACUACCCACCAAACCCUCAACCCCCACCAGUUUGCCCAACCCCAAAACAGCAGCAGAGGAGACUCCUGGAGCUCCAGUGCUGAGUGCCUCUAACCUGCUAUUUGACAAGUAUAGACAGGAGCUGCAGAAGGCUCGAUAUAUAUCCCCUGAGACAGUGGUGUCUGGGACAAAGCCUUCCAGCCACACCGUGUCUCACAAAGCCCUAGGGAGGACAAACAACUUCUAUGGCUCUCUAGGCAACAAAUACUCGCCUGCAGCGAUUGCCUCUGAAGCCAAGGAUCUGCCAGAAUCCCAGACAAUAACUCAAGAAACAGGAGGAUUUUUACAGGCUCCUCGAACCUUGAGACCCCAGCUUGGUGUGGGUGCUGUCAGCAAGUCUCCAUCCAAUGCUGCUGCUAAGAGCAGGAUCUUCACUGCACAGAAGUCACCUCUAGCUCUCAGUCAACCAGUGCAGGCCGUGACCCCAUCAGUGACUGCACAAGCCACCUCAUUAGUGACCCCAUCCACUCAAAGCCCACCAGAGGCUUCAGAUCAGUGGAAGGCACCAUCAGCAGGACUGGCUGUUAAAUCUCUUUUGCCCAAGCCAGCUCCAUCAGGCCUGCGACCUCCUGGCUACUCCCGACUUCCCGCAGCACGCCUUGCUGCCUUUGGCUUCGUCCGCAGCUCCAGUGUGUCCUCUGUCUCCAGCAACCAUUCCACUGACAGCACACGAAGUGAUCCAUGUAGGCCAGCACAUCGUCCUGGAAGUGUCACCGAUGACCCACCUUUUCACAGGGUGACUACAGCUUCAUGUGGAGAACGUCAGAGAGUGCCAUGCCGCAGCAGCCCACAGCCCCCCAGCACUCCUGUACCCACCCGCCGACCACUGCUGCCUCCUCCACCAGGCUCCCCAGUUGGCUCUCGCAAAGACUUUCAGAAGACUUCUGAAGGUUCUCAUUCAGUGCUCUCAUCCCCAAAGCGUCUGGCGGUUGUUUCACCCAAACCUCAAUCACCAGUCCUGCAGAGACAGAGGGCAGUAGCAGCGCGGGUCCCUGGAAGCUCGAGCGUGCCAGUUACAGGACGCAGCGUCUCCCCAGGCUCAGAAAAGAAAAAAGAAGAGGCACAGAGGAAGGAGAAAGAGCGAGAGGAGCAGGAGAAGCGAGAGGAGGAGGUGCUGCAGCUGCAAGCUCAAUGCAAGGAGCAGAAUGGACAGCUGCUGGCUCUCCGGGCUGAGCUGAAGAGAACCAUGCUGGGUCUGGAUGUCUUAGCCAUCUGCACCCAGCACUUCUGUCUGAAGAGUGAAAAUAAUGAGCAGAAAAAGAAGGAUUUGUCUCUGGAGCUCAGCCAGAUUCAGGAGGAAGUGGCUUGCACCGCUGCACGAUGGAAGCUCCUGCAGCAGGAAAAGUCUGCGCUGGAGCACAGUUUCAAGCUGCAGCUGAAAGAGCUCCAGGAGCAGCAGGAGGCUGAGCUUGCCACUCUGGAGGAAGAGCUCAGAACACGGCACGCCUCUGAUACAGACCACCUGAGAGCUGAGCACCAGUCACAUGUGGAGGAACUGCGAACCCAGCAACAGGAGCAGAUUGAAGAGUUAACAGCUCAACAUGAGUCGGCCUUGGAAGACCUAAGAACCAUGCACAACAUGACCAUGGCAGGUCUGCAGGAGGAGCACGCCAGGACCAUGAGAGACCUGAGGAAGACCCAUGAAAAACAAAAAGCUACUCUAGAGAAUGAUUUUGAAAAGAAUAAACUCUCCCUUCAGGAUCAGGUUGACAUGCUGACGUUUCAGAAUCGAGCCUUACAAGACAAAGCCAAACGCUUUGAAGAGGCACUGAGGAAGAGUGCAGAUGAGCAGAUAUUGGAUGCUCUCGCCCCAUACCAGCACAUUGAGCAAGACCUUAAGAGCCUGAAGGAGGUUCUGGAGAUGAAGAACCAGCAGAUACAUGACCAGGAGAGGAAGAUCUGCCAACUAGAGAAAGUGCAGGCCCAAAAGAACAUAUACCUGGAGGAGAAGGUGCAGGUUCUACAACAGCAGAACGAGGACCUGAAGGCUCGCAUUGACCGCAACGUUGCCCUGUCCAGGCAGCUUUCUGAGGAGAAUGCUAACCUUCAGGAGAACGUGGAGAGGGAGUCCAAUGAGAAGAAGCGUCUGAGCCGUAACAACGAAGAGCUGCUGUGGCUUCUGCAGACGAGUCCCCAUCUCUCUCCCUCCUCCUCCCCCAGCCACAGGGUCUUCUUCCCAGUGUUUGACAAUCCCCCCUACCCUGGCUCUCCCAGCCCUGGAACUCCUACACACUCAUAUUCCCCUGGACCCUGCACUCCUGCACAUAAAGUGGGUUCUCCCGGCCCAGGUACUCCGACUCACAGAACCUCACCAGCAGCCAGGAGCUCCCCAGCACGAGUCCCCAAUGCCAACACACUACCCAGAUAAGCGCUUUGAAAACAAUGAACCAGUCAGCUCUUAUAUAUACUUCCUGUUUCAUCACUCUUUCCUGUCUUUCAGUCUUUUCAAAGUGCUAUAAUUGUGUGAUGUUUAAGAUUAUUGUUGCCCAUUGAUUUUGGUGAGAGACAAAAAAACAGAGUAUGUGUCCACAUUUGUCCAAAAUAAGUGUCUUGACAGAGAUUCUGCUGUAAGAUUGUGUCCAUACUUCUGAAUGUCAGACUCAAAAUCUUUUUGAUAUGUCAACUACAAUUGUUAAAUCAGUGUAACUGUAUCUCUAUGAGCAGUGAUUGUUCUAUAGUACUCUAUUUGCAUUUAAAUCCUACUGCCUGCUAAUACUAAGGCAGGACAGAGAGGGGCCAAACACGACAUUAUACUACAGACGAAGCCUUUUGUAUACCACCCAGACUUUCGCAAGCUUUCUAAGUGAACAGCACACCAGCAGGUUAUCACGUACAGAACAAGAGCAUUUUGUACUUUGUCAUCUCACACAAUAUAUAAUAGUAAACUCUACUGUUUACUGCCUCUGGCAGGCCUUAAAGUCUGGAUGCACUGGUGGAAGAAAAGAUGGAGCCACAUGGGUCAAACUCAACGGCCUGUGUGCUAAAAAUACCUUACUGCCUUAUUUCAUUAGGCCUGUGCGAACUUCCAAAAAAAUAAAUUUGAAUCAGCCCAUAGUAAAUUACUACACAUUUUCACACCAGAUCAGUAUGACCUAGACUUUACACCAAACAUGUUGCAUAAGUGUAUAGCAAUCAUACGUUCAAUCCACACCAUACGCUUCUGUUCACACCACUGACAUGACAGCCUGCUUAAUUUUUGCAUAGUAAGCUAGUGUCUAAUUAUCUGUGAAACAUUAGGAAUAGGGACAACCAUUCUUGGGCCAUUUGUAUAAGAUUUGCAUAUUUGUGUUUAUUCUGAUUUCCCAUAAGUAUCACUAUUGUACAGUACUUGCUCUGCAACUAAAUGUUUCACAAUCAUGACAUCAUUAAACAGUAUAAUUUUAAGUUGUACUGUUUAUACUGUAUAAGUUAUAAGUGAUAAGCUUAACAGAAGUGAAGUUUUAAGGUCUUAAUAGAGAUAGCACCUAAAACAAACACAACUGGGUGUGUGGGCUCAGUUGGUGACUUAAAAAGUCAAGACUUAAAAAGUCUUGGUGGAUUGAACACUGUUUAAAAAUUCUGCUGCUGCAUAAUGAAGCACAUCUAAAAAUCUUCAGAAACAUAUCAGGUGCUAGGUGGCCUUCAAUAUAAUGAUUGGCUUCAAAUACUACAAUGCAUCACCCAGUUUAGCAACCUCCAGAAAAAGGAGUUGAAGGAAAGAAGUGAAGAUAAUGAUAGUGAUAGCUACUUUAACGAUAGCGUGGUAUGAAUCGAUACAUUUUUUGUCACCAUUACAGUAUGAAACCAAAAUAAAUAUGGUAAGCUGACUUAGUUUCGUAUUCAGAUUAGAGAACAAAUGCACUUAUGAUACUACAUUUAAAAAACAUAACCGCCUUAGAUUUUUGCCCUUCAAGGGCUCACAAAAUUACUGAUAUGGCCUGGGUAGCUGCACUACAUACUGUAGAUCAUUCUUUCAAACAGUAAUUAGGCAUUGAACAACUUUGGACAUACAUCACCCACUGAUCACCCUCUGUUGAAACUAUACUGUACAUGCCUCGCUGAUUGAGCAGAGCUGAUAAUAUCUGUUCUGGGAACUACUGAAAUAAAGUCAACAGUUAAUCACAGUUAAUCAAAACAUUUUUUUAAUAACUUUGAAAUUUCAGAAACUUUAGUUAAAAUUACAAACUGCACCUUUAUACAUCUCAGACAUGAGAAGACAUAGGAAUUUUUUUUAUGUAUUCAUACAUAUCAGAUAGACAGUCAGAUGUUCAUUAAGAUCUCCGCUGUCAGAAUGAAUAUUAGUAUCAUGCAAAUUAUUUGUCAUCAUGCUAAUUGCACUGAAAUGAAACAUUUUUUGUGUAACACUCAAAAUAUGAUUGUUUUACCCUAGUUGUAUCCAGGUCUUUAUAUUGGUCUGCCAAAGGUCUAUGAAACCACACUCUAGCCAAUCUUCAACUUAAAUUGAGAGGUGUAAGAACAUUGCAACUGGUUGCAGGUGGUUUGCGAAAUACCCAAUAAGCUAAUUUUUAAACACAGCACUUGCUCUGGUCUUCCAGUCUUGUCUGUAAUGGCUGCUGCUCAGGGUAAUGUCCCUCAAGUCGCCAUGUACACAUCUACUCAACUUUCUUACAGGCUCAAUAAAAGUUCUGUCUCUCAGUAUGUGGUAAACACACCACACAACAGACAGCUAGUGUAUAAAGAUACUACAGGAAUUUCUCCAUGUACUAAAGGUUGCUUUAAAAUUGUCAUUUUAAUAGUAAUAUUUGUAGGUUGUUGCAAUGGAAAUUUUGUUAUGUGCAUGUAUUGUAAAGGCCUUCCAGGCUUCUUUUUUGUGAAACUUGGGAUUGUAGUAAAUAUAGAUACUAGGACUCUGGUCCAAAAGCUUCCAUAUACAUAAGACUAGGAAUGAACUACACCUCAGUAGUUAGCCAAAAUCACUUUUUAUAUGUGUACUGCUGUUUUACCAAUGAGACAGUAAACUUGUUGUUCUCCACUGACAGAACAGUCAGUUGAGAAUGACAGACUGAUAAGAAAUUGUUUUAUUGUAAUGUUGACUAAUUGAAGCUGUUUUAUCUGUAUUUAUAAUAACCCUUAUUAUUAACUGUGUAGAGUAGCAUUACUUAUAGAAAUUAUUCUCUCUGUAUAAAUAAACUAGAAGGGAAUGUAGCCUAAAAAUGUCUUAAAAUGCCAUUGUACUUUAACUUUCAGGGAUUUUUUUAGACAGUUGAGUUUUUUUC